GCAAAAAUUGCUUCACAGCAGGACACACCCUUAUCGCUCCACAACAGUUAUUAUUUAAAAGAAACAACAAGUGGAUUGACAACAAGACAAGACGUAGAUAAUUAAAGGCCAGAGCGUGCGAAGAGAUCAAUCUUUUAUAACUGACGCAAUGAUACCGGCCCAUCGCAUUUAGUGGUCAGACCCCGAGCUAAGUACAACGAGUUAUCGCCACUCGCCGUUUCGUUUAAUAUUUUGAUAAUUUUGCCGUGAACUAGUGCUGUGAUGGCGCCCAUCAACGCGAGUGAAGUCAAGGGGUACGCCCCUAAGGAGGUGUUGCCGGAAGUCGAAACCGACAAUGGAAAGGGUAUUGGGUACUCAUACGACACGUUGCAAGAGACGGCCAACUUCCUGCUCUCGCGCACGAGCGUGCGGCCCCGCAUCGGCAUCAUAUGCGGGUCUGGGAUGGGUUCGUAUUGGAAAGACGGUUCCCUGGCCGACCACAUCGAGGACCCGGUCCGGUUCAAGUACGAGGACAUCCCCAACUUCCCCGUGAGCACGGUGGAGGGGCACACCGGCCAGCUGGUGUUCGGCAAGCUGGGAGAUGUGCCUGUCAUGGCCAUGCAGGGACGGUUCCACUACUACGAGGGAUACCCGCUGUGGAAGUGCUGCCUGCCCGUGCGGGUGAUGAAACUCAUCGGCAUCAAGGUCCUGAUGGCGACCAACGCCGCCGGCGGGCUCAAGUCCGCCUACAAAGUGGGAGACAUCAUGAUAGUCAAGGACCACAUCAACAUGAUGGGCUUCGCUGGCAACAACCCCUUACACGGACCCAAUGAUGAGAGGUUCGGGCCUCGCUUCCCGCCCAUGAACCGCGCUUAUAACUACGAGUACAGGAAAAUUGCUAAGGAGGUGGCGAAGGAGCUGAGCAUAGACAACAUUGUGCGCGAGGGAGUGUACACGUGUCUCGGCGGACCCAACUUCGAGACCGUGGCCGAGCUCAACAUGCUCAAGAUGGUCGGCGUGGACGCCGUCGGCAUGUCCACCGUUCAUGAGGUGAUUACCGCGCGCCACUGCGACAUGCACGUGUUCGCCCUCUCACUGAUCACCAACGAGUGCGUCGUCGAAUACGACCACGACGCCGAGGCCAACCACGAAGAAGUCUUGGACGUGGGACGCAUGCGUCAGGACAUCCUGCGCAAGUACGUCACCAAACUUGUGGAGCGGUUCAACAAGACCCUCACCCCUUGAGUGUUGGAGAGCGAAUGAACGGAACAACCAGUGUUGUAGUUGUACAGCACCAUCGAUUGAUUGAGAUUUUGAUCGCGGAAGUCGAGAAGUGGUAAUUUAAAUAUUUUAUUAGGUUUUUUUGUCUUUUCGUAAGCAUUUAAUUUAUUAUUUUGUUUUUUACUUUAAGGAUUUAUUAUACAUAUUAUAUACUA